AUUUUAUUCCUUCGAUAAUGUUUUAUCGAGAUAAUUCGCGAUUUAUAAAGAAACAAAUAAUAAGUGUGAGAAUGAAAAAAAAAUAUCUAUCGGUAGUUAAAUGAAGUGAGUAUUGAAAUAAAAAUGUUGAUAAAAAGAAAUAACACUAGAGGUAUUUACCUCGAUUAAAACUCAUUUUAAUUAUUCUUAAAAGUCAGCUAAUAGAUGGGAUUCAGUCACGAUGCUGAAUUUUAAGAAUCGAGUGUUUUGGUCUUUGAUGUUGGCAUUUUUCUUCAAAAGUGAUAGAGCUGUGUAUUUAUUGUCACAAUUCUGCGGAAGCCAGUAUCGACACUUUCGAUUCCUGGGGCGAUGAGAAGUAGCAGCGGGGCUGGGGGUGUACCAGGUAGUGGAGGAAGUGGUUGUGGUGGUGGUGUACUAGGAAGUGCCGAUGAUGCUGGUAUUGCUUUGGUUGGAGUGCACUCUGAGUAUCCUCGCUACAUGGACGAGCGUGGUCUCAGUGGUGGACCAAUCAAAGGUGCACCUUCAGGCAGUAUUGGCCCCGCAUCGAAACAUAAACCAAAUGUUGGCUAUCGCCUUGGUCGGCGGAAGGCCUUGUUUGAAAAAAGAAAACGAAUUAGCGAUUAUGCUCUUGUUAUGGGUAUGUUUGGAAUCAUUGUUAUGGUCAUUGAGAACGAACUGUCCAGCGCUGGAGUUUAUACAAAGGCCUCGUUCUACUCGACUGCACUUAAAACACUGAUCUCCGUGUCUACUGUGAUACUGCUUGGCCUCAUAUUUGCUUAUCAUGCCUUAGAAGUUCAGUUGUUCAUGAUCGAUAACUGUGCGGAUGAUUGGCGAAUUGCAAUGACGUGGCAACGAAUAUCCCAAAUAUCAAUAGAAUUAGCAAUAUGUGCAAUUCAUCCAAUACCUGGCGAAUAUUAUUUCCUGUGGACGACCAAACUAGCAAACAAAGGUGGUGACAUAGGAUCACAAUGGGUACCUUAUGAUGUUACUCUCUCACUUCCGAUGUUUUUACGCCUUUACCUCAUAUGUCGAGUGAUGCUGUUACAUUCAAAACUCUUUACUGAUGCCUCGUCACGAAGUAUAGGUGCCUUGAAUCGCAUCAAUUUCAAUACAAGAUUCGUUCUCAAAACACUGAUGACCAUUUGUCCGGGCACUGUAUUGCUAGUUUUUAUGGUAUCACUUUGGAUCAUUGCAUCAUGGACUCUACGACAAUGUGAAAGGUUUCAUGAUGAGGAGCAUGCAAAUUUACUCAACGCAAUGUGGCUUAUUGCUAUCACAUUCCUAAGCGUGGGAUUCGGUGAUAUCGUGCCUAAUACAUAUUGUGGACGAGGGAUAGCUGUAUCAACAGGGAUGAUGGGAGCGGGUUGUACAGCAUUACUCGUAGCAGUCGUUUCUAGAAAAUUGGAGCUUACGAGAGCAGAGAAGCAUGUUCAUAAUUUCAUGAUGGACACACAAUUAACAAAACGAUUAAAAAAUGCUGCAGCAAAUGUUUUACGAGAAACUUGGCUCAUUUACAAACAUACACGUUUAGUUAAACGAGUUAAUCCAGGUCGUGUACGGACACAUCAACGUAAAUUUCUUUUAGCCAUCUAUGCACUCAGGAAAGUUAAAAUGGACCAACGUAAAUUAAUGGAUAAUGCUAACACAAUAACUGAUAUGGCCAAGACACAAAAUACAGUUUACGAAAUAGUAUCAGACAUGAGCACUCGUCAAGAUGCAUUUGAGGAAAGGUUAGCAAGUUUAGAAGACAAGCUAACAGCAUUGCAAGAGCAACUGGAAAUAUUACCAGAAGCAUUGACUCGAUGUUUAGCGCAACAUGCAGAACGGAUGGAACAGCGACGAAACUUUCUACAUCCAGACACAGCUGUAGCAUUAGGAACAACACCAAGUAAUUGUGGUGGUUCAGGAAGUGGUCUUGGUAACAGUUUAAGUGUUGGAAUGACUGGGAAUAUAAACACAUCUGCUCAUCAUCCAUUGGGAAGCUUGUCUAAUUCUCCACUACUGCCACACUCACGCAGUGUACCAAAUGCACCAAGUACAGUAUCUCUACAUCCGUGGCCAGUUAGUCCAGUGUUACCGCCAGUUUCAAGUCGAACACCGCACUUGGUACCGGAAACAGGUAGUUCAAGACUACAACACAAUGUACCAACUACAACGCAAUCUACUACCAGGCUGACCACUCAGGCUGGCAUGGGAGGACUUGGGACCAGCCAAGGCUCAGAUUCAUCACCACAUAGCUGAGCCACGUCUUUGCAGCCGCAGCACUCUUACUAAACAAUUAGUUUAUGUUAUAGGUAGAAACACUCAUGACUUUUGAUGGUGAUUAUUACAAUCCUACUUACGAACUCGAUAAUUCAACUUAAUAGUGAAUGAAUGAUAUUCUUGAGAACGUAAAUAGAAAUACUCCAAUAGUUUUAAGAAUAGUCAUGAGAUAAAAAGAAUAAUUCAAAAUAGACUCAUCAAUUUGUAUUAUCACUACAUCGAAAGUCAUUGAUUCGUCCUUGCUGCGGUCUGCUCCCUGCCCAACUUGUGUGCCUGAAAACGUACUUAAUAAUUAAGAUAUCUCAUUUCAACUUAACCUAACUAUAACUAUCCGUCUUUCUCUCAAUCUCUCUUACAAAAUACUUGUAUUAAUAAACGAACGCCAGAAGUAAUUGAGAUUUUCAUACGAUAAACACUAAAGAAUGCGAUUUAAAAUGAAUACGGUUUUCCCAAAUCCGAGUCAAACUCUAUCUCUCACUUUUCGAGUUCUUUCAAGGAAAAACUCGGUAAUUGUACAGUUAAACCUUCACACCUUAAGGACGGUGGAGCGCAGAAAGUCACGAUGAGUGAGGAAGGUAUGAAGGUAAAAAUGUAUGACUACCAAAAACUCUAUCUAUCUUUACUUUGUCUUCUUUGCUACAUCGAUAUUCAUUUAAAAAAAACAAACAUCUUAUUUAUCAUUUCCUCAAACUAAUCAGUCUUGGACUAGUCUUAUUGUAAAAUGAUGGCCUUAAGGAAUAGAAUAUUGGUGCAAUUUUAUUAAAUAACAUUUUAUGUCAACGUUUCACACUACAUAGAAAUAUCGAUUAUGCUCAAAUUGCAUUCAAAAUAUUUUAUUUUUUAUUUUCACGGCGUGAUUAUGAGCUAUUGAGUUUAAUAAAAUGAAUACAAGAAAUAUCUUGUAGAAAAGAUUAUAUGCAAUCUUCAUUUAUUAAUAUUAUAUUUAAUGAAGAAUGCAAGGUGAUUUCAUUCGCUUUAACGUCCGUAGAUUAUAGAAAUUGCGAUAUCUAGUAACUUUACAAUUAUGUAUCUGUACAAAGAAUAUGGAAGAAGUAUAUAGUUAAGUAUUUCAUUAAUUAUUUAUUAAGUAAAAUAUCUUUUCAAUAAUUAUAUAAUAUCAUUUUAUAUGUGAAUAUAUUAUUGAUAUUUUUUCGCUUUAUUUUUAAUUAAAAAAAUUAGGGUCGAUAAGCUAAUUAAAUUGAUCUCUCUGUUACAUGAAGUAAAUGAAUGUGUAAAAAUUAUUCUGGAUUAAAUAAUAGGGGUAAAUUUUUACCCCAUAAAUGAUAAUUACGUAAUAAUGCAAUGAAUUAAAAAAAUAAUCACUUUAUACUCAAGGGUAAAAUUUUUCUUUAAUUUAUGUAAUAAUUUUUACCCCAAAAAUAUGUAAAAAUGAUAUUGGAUUAAUUUUUAGUCAAAAAUUCAUCUUAGUAUUCUAAUAGAAAUAUUAAAACUGAAUUAAUUAUUAAGUGAAUAAAUUAA